AUGCUGUGUCACAUAUAUUCGCAAUUUUCUAAGAUCAAGGUGCAGAACGGAACGGGUUAUCCUGAAUUUUCCGGAUCGUACUUUGGUGGCGCACACGGAGCUGCCCCGUAUGGGGGUUAUGCCCAUUAUGGAGCGCCAUAUGGUGGUGGAUACUAUGGCUCACACUCGUAUGGUCUUUACGGUCCAUACGGUGCGUACAAUGCACACGUUGGACACGCUGGACACGGCGGAUACGGUGGAUAUGGUGGAUACGGGGCAUACAGCCCCUAUGGAGGAAGUGGCACCUAUGGCUAUCACGGAGGAAAUGGCGGAUACGGCGGAUAUGGUGGACAUGGGGCCUACUACCCGUACGGAGGCAGUGCCCCUUACGGCUAUCAAGGAGGAAAUGGCGCCUCUAACGAAGGGGGUACCGCCUCGUAUGGCAGAAGUUCAGCAGUAGCUACACCAAGUACCCUCAGUGGCCCUGCUUCCGGAGCAGCUGAAACACCUGGGAGCGCACCCAGGUGA